UGUAACACGUGCAACAAAGUACAUUUCGGAUGACUCCCAGGAAGUCAUGAAUUAUAUGAAAGCUUCUAUUCCUUAACUCGUAAAUAACACCCUUGUCGGUUAAAGAAUAGACCCUUAAUAUUUAAACUACUUGUCGGUUCAGCGUGUUAUGCACAUUUGUGCAACGUAAUUACUAGAAGUUAAUUCCGGAAAUUUCGUCCGCUACAAAAUAACUAAAAAGUGCACAUCAUGGCCGCGCCCAUGCUAGGGCCAUUUCUACCUCUAUGCAACUGUUUGAUCAGCAUUCCAUCUUAAUUUAUAAGUUCGUGCGUGACAAACAAAGAAGGGAAAGAAUUGAUUAACUUCGUAGAAGAAAAAGGGUUGGUACAUCUUCACCGGAAACGUGAAAGGAGACGAAAUGGGAGAAUAUACAUACAUAGAAAGCAGAGGGCAGUCGGUAAUAGACUAUAUUAUUCUAAAUGAAAAAGGGAAAGAAUACUUAAAAAAUUUUCAAGUAGACCAAAGAAUAGAAGCCGAUCACCAACCAAUAUCCACAACGAUGAAAGGCACACAAUACAGAAAACAAACAAAAGAAAUUACAAAAACGAGACAAAUCUGGACAGAACAAACAACACAAAAAUACAGAAAACAUCUAAAGCAGACAGAAUUCAAACUAAAGUCGUGUGGAAGUCACAAUCCUCUUUGCGUCGAAGCGCAACAUCCAGUACAUGUUCGCCUUGACAACGCUGCCGAUGGUCCUCCAUUUGAGACAUUCGGCUCGCAUCCGUACCCGUCCGUUUUUGGUAACUGAACCAGCAUUAAAGGCAUCCCCUAGGGCAUCCCGCGCCUGUUGGUGUAAGAGAUUCUUGGCCUUUGAAACAGUCAGCCUCCACCUAUUGAUCCUUCUUGCGAAGGACAACGAGACGUUCGGACGGUGCUUCACUCGCUUCUUCGUUGCCGUUGACGGAUACCAGUCUCGUUAGAAGGUCCCAAUACCGCCGUAAUAAUGUUUCCCGCCUUGUUUCGCUUCAAGACGGUUCUUACCAGCCUCCCCACGAGAUGCUGAAUCAGUUCUAUACAAUUUUUCGUGCGAAGCGGUUCUUUUCAUCGAUGGGGAAGGCUCCGUAAAUGUAGACUCAUUCCGAACCGUGUUAGGAUUGUCUUAUACUUUAAUUGCUGGUAUUAACUGCAAUUUAAAAUGGUAACCGACUACCAAACCUAAGAAUAAAAUAUGGAUCGAUACGAGCAACUUGCGGUCGUCGGAGAGGGAUCCUAUGGAUUAGUGAUGAAGUGUCGGCACAAGGAUACUGAGCAGAUCGUCGCGAUUAAGAAGUUCCUGGAAACCGAAGAGGAUGCGACCGUUAGAAAGAUGGCGCUUCGUGAGAUUCGAAUGUUAAAGAGAUUGAAGCACGAGAAUCUAGUGACGAUGAUUGAGGUGUUUCGGUACAGGAAACGGUUUUACUUGGUGUUUGAGUACUUAGAGGGCACGGUGCUGGACGAACUGGAACGGUGCGGAGGACUGGACGAGGAGAUGUGCAGGGAGCGGAUUUUUCAAGUUACUCGCGCCGUUCAGUUCUGUCAUGCGAAUAACGUGAUACAUCGAGACAUUAAACCGGAAAACGUGUUGGUAUCGUCGCAAGGCGUUGUCAAGUUGUGCGACUUUGGGUUUGCGCGACUGGUGAGUCUAGCGGGCGAACAGUGCACGGAGUACGUGGCGACUCGGUGGUACAGAGCACCCGAGCUAUUAGUGAAUGAACCAAAUUACGGUGCGCCCGUUGAUAUUUGGUCCAUCGGGUGUUUGUUCGCGGAAAUGAUGACCGGCGAUCCGCUUUUUCCUGGCGACAGCGACAUUGACCAGCUCUACAUUACCAUCAAACUGCUAGGAAAACCGUGUUUGAAGCACCUACAACUGAUGACCAAAAGCGACCAGUUACGUGGGUUGAUUAAAAGUGCCGCACCCGACUCGAGUGGUUUACAAAAGAACUUUGCAGAAUGGGAGCAACUAAGCCUAAAUUUUUUGGCGUCGUGCUUGCGAAUGGACCCCAACACGCGUCCAUCUGCAGAUGACCUGCUACGACAUAAGUAUUUUACACACGACAGGUUUGCGAAACAAUUUUUGCCGAGGUUGAGGGAAAAGAUAAUCAAAGAAUUCAACGAAAACCCACUUUUGCGCAAAAUGAAGGCGGACAUUAUCAAUUCAACGGAUAGGAGCGACCGUUGCGAAGAAGCCAAGCUAAGAAAGCAACCACAGUCCGACGUUCCCAAGUGGCGUAUUAACUUCUCAGAGGGUAGCAUUAAACGGAAAUUAAGUUGUGAUACGUCUAGUACCUGUGAUAAUUAUAAUAACGUAGUUAAAUCGGAGACUAAUCCAUACUAUCUAAGGCUAUCGAAACAAACUUCUCUGCACACCAUGCUGGUGGACAAGGUCAAUCGGGAGGGAUUAGGCACCCCUAAUGUUGAUAGAACGAUUCGAACCCCGAACUCCGAUCUUAGACUGAUUGAAAAGCAUCUAGAGAACUUAUCUAAACUGUCUCAGAAAGCAGCGGGCGAUAGACCAUUGUCGAACCACAAAGAUGGAGCCUCUCACAAAUAUCCGGCAUCCCCUCCUCGUUUCCAAUCCCUCCAACCUACACUGUGCGACGUGAACAAGUCACCACUCUUUCACCAUCCCCAAAAUGUCCUCCACCCAACCAUAAACAAUAUCUGUUUCACUAAGGCCCCGCCGAACAAGUCACCGAACGCUUUAGAAUCGAUCUCAAAUCCUUCAGUUAGGUCGACGUUCAAUCAAAUCCCGUUCUUAAAUCCAUCGAAAUCGCAACAGUUUGUGAAAAAAACCGACAGAAAUCCACAGUGCGAUGUGCUCAACUUGGAACCGUUCCACAACAACACGACGCCUGUGUGGAUGCACGGAUUGAAAAGCAACGCGAGCAAGUACAAAACCAAAAAGGAAGACGAAUUCACGUUGCCUAAUCUUCCGGGGGUUUUAACGCCCAUUAAAGUGAAAAAGAAAGGACAGAUGAGUCCCGAUUCGCUAAUCGCCCAAGCGAUUACACCGAACAAUUCGACUGAAUGUGUAGUGUCGCAAUCGCCGACUAAUUUCACCAACUUAUUUUAGUAUUCGUUUCAUAUAGUUUACUUCACCAACCUAAUUGUAGGUAAUCAUACGCACUUAGAUUAGAAUUUUUUAUACCUAUGUGCCCAUAUAGGUAGUAUUUGAUUGUGUAGAUAGAUUAAUAGUAACAUUAUAAAUUGUACACGCCCAGUCGAUAAGUUUCUCACGGUGUACCUUCAUUAAAUAAAACCGUGCGCUUUUGAGCUUUCAAUCAAAAGACCUGUUUCGUUAAUGCUUAUAAUUUGUACACAAUAUAUGUGGUUGAUAUCUCUGCUGAACAUGGUGUAAUAGAUCAUUAUCAUGCUGAAAAACCAGAAGAUUUGUAUUUAAUGAAGGUAAGAACGGAAUUCUUUGUACUAAACAUCAUUUAUUUUAGGACAGGAGAUACAAGAAAGCUAAACGAAAAUGUCAACCAGACUAUUCCACUGCUUCAUACAGGAAAACUUAAUUUAUAUUUUUACAGAGCCUU